UCAUCAUAUAUAGUGUUCAAAUACAGUUUUUUUUACACUUUUAUUUUGUUAUGUGUUAUCACUGAUAAUUAUCAACAGCACUGUUUUUAAUUAAUUUACUUUUCCCCUCAAAUCCUCUACAUGACAUUGAUUUAUGACAGAAGCUUAAUGUUUCUUAUUACAUUAGCAGUAUUUGUGCUGUAGCUGCAGUAGAAGUAGUUUAUUACAGCUACAUCACUAGCAGUUUUUAGUUGUACUGUCUAAAAAUAUAAAACAUAUUUGUGUGUUCAGGUCUCCUGCAGCAUGGCGGCACUGUGGCUCCAGUCUGUCUCUCUGCUGGUCUUACUGAUCGUAUCAUGGCCGGGCUCCCAGGCCGUCGCCCCCCCGCAGCACCUGUGUGGCUCUCACCUGGUCGACGCCCUCUACCUGGUCUGCGGUGACAGAGGCUUCUUCUACAACCCCAAGAGAGACGUCGACCCCCUGCUGGGUUUCCUCCCUCCAAAGGCGGGCGGAGCUGCGGUGGGUGGUGAUAACGAGGUGGCCGAGUUCGCCUUCAAGGACCAGAUGGAGAUGAUGGUGAAGCGAGGCAUCGUGGAGCAGUGCUGCCACAAGCCCUGCAACAUCUUCGACCUGCAGAACUACUGCAACUGAACCGCCUGGUUUAGCCUAGCUUAGCUUCUCGGCGGCUAACUUAGCCUGAACCCACGCACCACCC